GCCGGAACUGCCGCCGAGCGCCGCGCCCGGGCCUCCGAGGCUGAGCGGUCGCUGCGGUGCCCCGUGCGUCCGCCGCCCAGGGCUGGCCGAGUCGCCCCGACGCCGCCCCCAGACCGGCGGGGAGCGCUCCGGCGGCGCGGGCACCCGGGAGGCCCCGCGGGCCCGGGGAGCCAGGCUGCCGCGCGGCGUGGAUGAAGAAGGAUGACAGUGAAGUUGGGGGACGGCGGCGGGCAGGAAGGGCUCAAGAAGCUGGGCAAGCGGCCGGCCGAGGAGGACUCGCUGGAGGGAGAGGCGGCGGGUGCGGGCGAGGCGGCGGAGGACGGCGGCACAAAGAGGGAGGCGCAGAGUCCCCGGGACGGCGGGGACGGGCCCCCCGCGCCCCCCGGCCCCCCGGCCCCGUCCCCGCCGCCCGCCGGCCCGCAGGACCAGCACCACUUCCUGCGGUCCAGCGUGCGGCCGCAGAGCAAGCGGCUCCGGAAGGACUCGGCGUGCGCGGGGGCCAGCGGCGCCAGCCCGGGAGUCCGCGGGAAAGGAGCUGACGGAGGCGGAUCUUCAUCUGGAAAUGGGCCCGGGGUUGCCCCCACCGCCCCUGCAGGGGGCUCGCGCUCUUCCUCGCGCAACCUAGGGUCCUCGGGUGGCGAGAAGGAGGAGGGCAAGAAGGUGCGGCGGCAGUGGGAGUCGUGGAGCACGGAGGACAAGAACACCUUCUUUGAGGGUCUGUACGAGCACGGGAAGGACUUCGAGGCCAUUCAGAACAACAUCGCCCUCAAGUACAAGAAGAAAGGCAAGCCCGCCAGCAUGGUGAAGAAUAAGGAGCAGGUGCGGCACUUCUAUUACCGCACCUGGCACAAGAUCACCAAGUACAUCGACUUCGACAACGUGUUCUCCCGGGGCCUGAAGAAGUCGUCCCAGGAGCUGUACGGUCUGAUCUGCUAUGGCGAGCUGCGGAAGAAGAUCGGGGGCUGUAUGGAUGACAAGAACGCUAGCAAGCUGAAUGAGCUCAUCCAGGUCGGGGCCACUACAGUGCGCUACAAGGGGAGGAACCUGCGCAUCAAAGCUCCCAUGUGUCGCGCCCUGAAGAAGCUGUGUGACCCAGACGGUCUGAGUGACGAGGAGGAUCAGAAGCCCGUGCGCCUGCCCCUGCGCGUCCCUGUGGAGCUGCAGCCACGCAACAACCAUGCCUGGGCUCGGGUGCAGAGCCUGGCCCAGAACCCAAGGCUCAGGAUGAUCGUGGAACUUCAUCGAAAGGUCUCCAGCCUCAUUGAGUUCUUGAAGCAGAAGUGGACGCUCCAUGAAGUGCGAAUUCGGAAGACACUGGAGGCGCGGCAGCUGCAGGACACUGGCGCUGAGCCGGCACCAGAGAAGGUGGCGUUGCACCUGUUCCCCGGUGAGAACUGCAGGCUGACGCCCCUGCCAGGCGUGGCCCGGGUUGUACACUCCAAGGCCUUCUGCACCGUGCACUGGCAGGAGGGCGGCCGCUGCAAGCAGAGCACCAGGGAUGCCCACCCUCUGCCCCCGGCCCAGAUCCUGGGCAUCCAGAGUGGCCAGGGCACCGCCAGGGGCCAGGUGCGGUGUGUACGGGCUGCCACCGGGCGGCCCCCUCCUACCGACGCCUCCCAGAGCUCUGGAGAGAGCUCCCCCGAGAACGGCGCAGGGGAAGGGGCCGGCCCCAGCCUCAGCAGCCCAGACACCCGAGACCGACUGCUUCUCGGACUCCAGGAGAAGACCCCAUUGGCACCGCCACCUCCCUCGGAGCCUGCGGAGCUUACCCCAGAGCCCGGUGCCUGUGCCUGUGGGCCAUUGCCCGAGCUGGAGGACGAGCUGUCCUUCCUGGACCCCUUCCCAAGAUACAUGAAGUCCUGCCAGGACCUCAUCAUCCCCGAGCGCUGCCGCUGCCGGGACACCCAGCCCUCAGACCGCUGCUCCCCCGACGCUGUGGGCUCCCCGCCUGGCCUCCGGCCCCCACCUGAUGUUGGCACUAAAGAUGCAGUGGAUGCACCUGUAGAGGAGCCCCAGGAGAAGGGGAGCCCUCUGGGCCCCCCGCCACCUCAGGGACAGCCAGCCACCAAGCCCCCCAGGGACAUGCCGGCCGGCCGGCUGGCCCAGCAGCUGCGGGAGGAGGGCUGGAGUCUGCAGACGUCCGAGAGCCUGACACUAGCCGAGGUCUACCUCAUGAUGGGCAAGCCAAGCAAGCUGCAGCUCGAAUACGACUGGCUGGCUGUGCUGGGCCCCGACAGCCAGGCCCCCGGCCCCCGCCACACACAGCGCCUCCUCAGCUGCCUGCUGAAGCUCAUCUCCACCGAGGUCAACCCCCGGCUGGCUCCGGAAGUGACCACAGGACCCACGGCAUCCCUGAGGCCAGCCCAGGAAGAACAGUCAACCACGCCCCCCGGGAAGGUGGUGGCCAUCAGUUCGAGGAGCCCCCGCUGCCCUCGGAGCCAGCCCGCCCUGCGCAGUGGCAAGACCUUCUCACCUACGUCUGCACCCUGCCCCUCAGGCUCCAGAAACGCUCCGUGCCCCCUCUUGGUGGCUGGUCCUGCCAGCACAGGUAGCGGGGACUCCGAUGGCGGUCUCUUUGCCGUCCCGACAAUUCUGCCACCCAAUAGCCGCCACGGGAAGCUUUUCUCUCCCAGCAAAGAGCCGGAGCUGACAUUCCGCCAGCACCUCAACUCCAUCAGUAUGCCGUCCGACUUCUUCUUGCCAAAGCCCAGGAAGCUGCGGAACCGGCACCUGCGGAAGCCGCUGGUGGUCCAGAGGACACUGCUUCCUAGACCAUCUGAGCACCAGGCCCACAACGUCUGCUCCUUCUCCAUCCUGUCUAACUCUCCCAUCACGGGGAGAGGCUCCUUCCGGCCCAUCCAGUCUGCCCUGACCAAAGCUGCUCUGUCCCGCCCCAUCGUGCCCAAGGUCCUCCCACCACCUUCCACCAACCACCUGUCCAGUGCUAUCGACUUAGCUGCCAAAAGUGCUGGGAUCAUACCAGGGAGCCCACUCCGGGUCCUGGACACUGAGGGCUUGUCUGGCAUCUCCCCUCUGUCCUCAGAUGAGGCAGCCACUGCUGUCACAGGCCAGGACACCAACGGGGCCGCCCAGAAUGGAGACCCCAUCCCCCCCAUAUCAGGCACAGGUGACCCAUUUGUCAGCGUUCCUCCGAGACCUGAGCAGGAGCCACUGGAUGAUGGUUUCCAGGGCCCCUCUGUGCUCUCUCUCUCUGAGCUGCCCAAGGCUGCUCUGCACAAUGGCCUCUCCACGCCUCUGCCCUCCGAGGGCGCCAGCACCCGCCUCUCCCCACCCAAUGUCUCCGCCCUGCUGGACAUCUCCCUGCCAGGCCCGCCAGAAGACGUGCUGUCACAGGGCGAGCCCGCCACACACAUCAGUGACUCCAUCAUUGAGAUCGCCAUCAGCUCGGGCCAGUAUGGGGAAGGAGUCCCUCUUUCUCCAGCGAAGCUCAACGGCAGUGACAGUUCCAAGAGUCUUCCCUCCCCGGCCAGCAGCCCUCAGCCAGACUGGAUCGCCUCCCCAACCCACGACCCCCAGUGGUGCCCCAGUGACCCCACAGACUCCUCACUCAGCAGCUUGUUCGCCAGUUUCAUCUCCCCGGAGAAGAGCCGAAAGAUGUUGCCAACCUCGGCGGGGAACCCCAGUGGCACCUCCUUGCUGGGCCCCAGCCUGCUGGACGGGAGCUCCCGGGACUCCUUCGUGUCCAGGUCCCUGGCUGAUGUGGCUGAGGUGGUGGAUUCCCAGCUGGCCUGCAUGAUGAACGAGAACAGCGUAGACUACAUAUCGCGCUUCAACGACCUGGCCCAGGAGCUUUCCAUCUCCGAGCCUGGCCGCCGUGAAGUUCUGUUUGAUGGCAGUGGAGGAGGCCCCCCAAUCGGUGACCUGUCCCAGUGAUGGCCCCUGGCAGCUCUAGAGAAAGGCUGCAGCGGCUGCUGUUCUCCACUCCAGACCAGAGAAAACCUGAAGGAGGCCGGGCCCAGCAGCAGUCUGAACAGGCUGUGUCUCCACAGGCGGGGCCAUGGAGCACUGCAGGAUUGGCCAGGGGCCAGGGUCUGUGAGAGGCUACCCACAUCUGCCUCGUGUAAAACAUUGCAGUGCGUCUCCCCUGUGUGGCACUGUGUCCCCGGGAGUAGGGGCUUUCCCUGUCAGGAUCCCUAGCUGCCACGAUGGCCUUCCAGCAGCCCCCACCUCACGUCAGCCGCUUGCUCUGCAGUGAGGAGCGUGAGGACAGUUGGGUGGCCGGGCUCUGCCUGGUGGUGUCCAUCAUGGCACAGUGGGCACCAGGACCACUGGAUAGAAAACUGCCCGUUGACCAGUGGUCCGUCCCCUCACCCCGAGGUUUUCCCUGACUUGGCACUUGUGUGGACUGUGAGCAGCCCUGUCCAGCUGUGUGAGUCGAUGCAGCAGAAGCCAUUGGAGAGGAGCAGCAGCUCCCUGUGGAGCUGGCAGCCAUCCUGCCUCUCCUCCCGAGGGAGGCCUACAUGCUCGCCUGACUGGAUGAGACUUCCCUGACCUUUGUACUCCUCUGACAGGGACUCUUCAACCUCUGCGACCAGUCUUAUGCAGGGCAGUCCCCUCCUGCUGGCCAGCAUGUAGUGUUCCUGGUGCCAGCCUCAUCCAUCCCCUCUUCCUGUGCCCCAUGGCCCCCUGUGCAGGGACUCCAAGUGCUCUCUUAGCACUGGAACCACAUCCCAUGUCACCUUGGACCUCCCCAGCUGAGCUGACCUGCUGUCCCCAGUGCAGCCCCCCAGUGUGGCCUGCGUGCUCCCCCGCCCUCGUAUCUAGCAUGUGCAUGGGAGCUGGCACUGUCAGGUCCCGCUGCUGUGCCUCCACCUGGCAGUCAGACUGGGCCACCCAGUUUACCUGCUCUUAUCUUCACUCUCCUUCCAGCCCUCUCCUAGCUUCUGUCCAGGUCCCCAGCGAAGGGCCAGUAACAUGACUAGGGCAGCCUCGAGUGGUCUCUUCAGCCGUACCAGACUGCAGGGAGCAGUGACGCCAGGCAACCUGCCUCUUGUCUAGCUUCCCAGAGCUCGUCUGUAAGGCUGCUCCCUGUCAGGCCUGAGUGCAGGCACAAACACCACCGCCAGUUCCUGUGAUGGCCACUCCAUGUGGGACAGGGUCCUCACUGUGUCCUGUGAUGGAUCAUAGCAGCUUCCUGAAUAGGGUCAGCAUCUCAGUGUCUGGCCUGCCCAAGUUAGCAGUAUGCUGGGUUGGGUCAGGCCACUGCUCACACUUCCCUAGUCAGAUGCCAGUCAUCCUUCCCACACCAGUACUGGCAGCCAUGCCUAGUGGUGGGCAUAGGAGUCCCAGCUGUCUGCCAGGUAUCCCCAGGGCACUCUAGUGUGUAGGUUGGCACCAGUUACCUAGUGACAUCUGGAUGAAGGUGAACUCUGGAGGCUUAGCUCAGCAGCCGCUGCAGAGGCUAUGGUGUGGGCUUCACAAGGGGUUGAGCCAGCCCAUGAAGUUGAGAAAGCCAGUGAUGCCAGACGCCGCCGCUGCUCACAGAGCCAGGCAGAUGUGUUUCUAGCCGCCAGGGAAGGUGUCGCUUGCGGCACUGAGCUGCUAGGUGCACCUUUUCCAACUAAAAUGAGUACUUGGGCAUAACAACAAGCAGCUGCUAGAGCUUAGAGUUUUAAGGAGACCCUAGCCAGGAAGCCAUCCCCUCUUGCACCCUUCCCUGUGUCCCCGAGGAAGUGGCUCCCGUCGUGCCCUCAGCUUGCCUGGUGACGGCAACAGUUCCACGGGGAUGGCUUUGCUCAUGUCUGGGAUCUUCCUGCUCAUCGUCUUUCCUAAAGUUGGAGACAGUCCUCAGGGUGUUGGUGUUUGGCCUUGUCUCUGAGAGCACCACAGGUGCACCCCAGUCUUGAGCUUGCAGGGACUAGUUCAAGUUUGUGACAGCUCUGUUCUGGACACAGAGGACUUGUGAAGGAACGGGGGGGGUUGGGGGGGGUCUGAAAACGUUGUUUAUCAGCACCAGGACCCCACCCCUUGCCGGCUGCUGUGUCAGGGCUUCAUUUACUAGGUUACACCCUUGAAUCUGACCUGUUUGGCACAGAGGGAAGUCAUGGAAUGAAAAAAGGAAGACAAUUGCUUUUUGUUUGUUUUAAGACAUCGAAAUCCAUCAGGUACAUUUGAUGAGAGGAAAUAGGAAAUUGGGCAGUUACCUUAAAAAAUAUAAAUGACCCCAGCAUACCUUCCUGCCGGAACUCUCCCAGCCCCAUGGUUAUUUCUAAGUCAAGUAAGUUAAGUCUUGGAAGCACUACAGCACCUGUCUGUACCUUUGCUCUGUAACAGGAUAACUGGCUCUGAAAACUACAGUUGGACAGCAGGGCUGAUGCUGUUCUAAUCGUGAAGCCAUAUCAUCUGAGGUUUUCAGUCUGUUGGAGAUGUGAAUUUGUUUUAUAGGUUAUAAAUAUACAUAUACAGUGUCUGUAUAAAGCAGAAUGCCUGUCCCUCCUGAUUAUUUUUUGUACCAUAUUGUAAAUUAUAUUAUUUAUUCUUUACCAAUUUUGGGAAUAAAAGGUGUUUUGGUUAUUUAAUAUAAUAAAAACUGUUAAACUUCUUAUGUUUAAAUUUCCAGUUAAACUUGUAAAUCUGUUUUUAUUAUUGUGCAUAAAUACAUACUAAUACUUGAUCUAA